CCACCGAGCUCGCCCUUUGAUUCAAGUCCAUUGAAUAUAGCAAACCUGUAUCCUUAUUACUCUUGCCAUUGUUUCUCCUCGUUGCCUCUUAUCGCUGGUGUCGAUGGCUGGCUACUUUUCCAACCACUCGCAGUCCCGCUUCCUCGCCAACUCCAACGCAAAUUCGACCACCACUACCCAACAGCCGGUGGCACCAAAUCCGCCAUCGACGGCAACGCGUCCGCGAGCGCCGUCGUCCAAACACUUCUCUACCUCUGUCCCAUCCACUUCUGGCGACGAGAAAUCCCUGAGCAGAGAUCGGACGGCAACAAAUGGGAGUCCGAAGGGUGGCCUUGUAGUACACCCGCUCCGACAUACCUGGGUGUUCUGGUUCCGCCAGCAGCGUGGCCCUGGCACGAGAACUAUAAAUUAUGAAGAAGGCAUCAAGAAGGUUUCUGCGUUUGGCUCGGUUGAGUCCUUCUGGUCACUUUGGACGCAUCUCAACCCACCCUCCAGCCUCCUUCCCACCACCGACUACCUCCUCUUCCACUCGGGCAUCCGUCGGCCUGUAUGGGAGGACCCGCUCAACAUCGGAGGCGGCAAGUGGAUAAUUCGCCUGCGGAAGGGCGUUGCCGACCGUAUAUGGGAAGACCUCAUUCUUGCCAUUGUCGGCGACCAGUUCUCUGAUUGUGCAGCAUCGGGGGAUGCGUCUCCUACUGAUGGCACACAGGGAGGAGUGAAGGAGAAGGAAAAGACGGAAGAAAAUGGUGCUGCUGCGAAUGCGGACACCCCUCCCGGAGACUGGCCUGAGAUCUGCGGGUGUACUAUUAGUGUGAGACAGAACGAGGAUAUCAUUUCUGUAUGGAACAAGUCGGACGCGGAUGCGCGAGUGAAGGAGAAAGUAAAAGAGACCAUAAAACGGGCUCUCAACCUUCCUGCGAGCAUCGUUAUGGAAUAUAAAUCCAAUAACGAUUCUAUGCAGGACAAGUCGAGUUUCCGGGUGCCUGCAAGCGUCGACCGUACGCCAUUAUCAUGACAGAAAAUGACGGAGCACGUCGAUUCUCCACUUGUAUAACGUGUGUACGACGAUACUGCUAUCGUGCCUUGUACGAAUCGUCUCCCGCUGCAAAAAGAGUUGGCAUGAAAGUUCAU